AUGAAAGCAAAGAUCUUAAAAUUAUCAAAAAUGUUGACCAAAAAAGGUAAAGUGAAUAAGGAAGAAGCACCUUUGGAUCUUGUAGAAGCUUUUUUCAAGUUCUCCAAUGGUGAAAACCACAUGUCAAAGGAUCAGCUACUUGGAUUCAUGGUGGAACAUCAAGGAGAACAAAACUGCACCUUAUUGGAUUUGGAACCAAUCAUUGAAAAGGUUUUGCAAAUGGGAAGUUCAAGUUCUAGCAUUGAAACUAGAAAUGCUCAAGGACUUAGUAUUGAUGACUUUGUCAAUUUUUUGCUUCUUGAUGAUUUCAACGGUCCCUUAAAAGAUGAGGUGCAUCAUGAUAUGGAAGCUCCAUUGUCACAUUAUUUCAUGUACACAGGACACAAUUCAUACCUUACAGGAAAUCAAUUAACUAGUGUGAGUAGUGAUGUGCCAAUUAUAGAGGCUUUGAAACAAGGUGUACGAGUUAUUGAACUUGAUUUAUGGCCAUCUUCUACUAAAGAUGGUGGUAUUAAAGUUGUUCAUGGAAGGACUCUUACCACUCCAGUUGCACUAACCAAAUGUUUGGAAUCCAUAAAGAAACAUGCCUUUGUCAAAUCUGAUUUUCCAGUCAUUCUCACUUUGGAAGAUCACCUAACUUCAAAACUUCAGGCUAAAUUUGCACAAAUGGCGAUUCAAAUAUUUGGAGAAAUGCUCUAUUGUCCCAAGACAGAUUAUUUAACAGAAUUUCCCUCACCAGCCUCCCUCAAAAAUAUGAUAGUUAUAUCAACUAAACCACCAAAGGAAUCUCCUCAAUCAGAAAGAGCCACACAUGAUGUGUCAAAUGGAAGUGAAUCUUCUGAAGAUGAAUCAUGGGAGUUUCAAGAUUCUAUGGCUAAACUGAAAACUAUUGACAAGAAUGUAAGUGAUGAAGAGAAGCUAGAAGAUAUAAGCACAAGUGAUUACAAAGCAAACCAACAAAGUCCGCGCGGAUACAAACAUUUGAUUACAAUCCAUGGUGGAAAAUCACAUGGUACAAUGAAGGAUAAACUAAAAGUUGAUGGUGGUAAAGUUAGAAGACUAAGCUUGAGUGAGAAGAAACUCAAAACUGCUUCUGAAUCUCAUGGACCUGACCUGAUUCGGUUCACACAGAAAAAUAUCCUCAGAAUUUUUCCUAGAGGAGAACGCGUUCAUUCCUCGAAUUUUAAGCCACAUUUAGGGUGGAUGUAUGGAGCUCAGAUGGUUGCAUUCAAUAUGCAGGGUCAUGGCAAAUCGCUCCGGUUGAUGCAAGGGAUGUUCAAAGCAAAUGGAGGGUGUGGUUAUGUGAAAAAACCUGAAUUUCUAAUUCAAGAAAGUGCACAUUUUGAUCCUAAAAAAACACUACAAGUGAGGCAGAUACUAAAAGUAAAAGUAUACAAAGGAGUUGGCUGGAGAUCAGACUUCAGUCGAACGCACUUCGACCGAUUCUCUCCACCAGACUUUUACACAAAGGUUUAUAUUGUUGGAGUGGGAGCUGAUAGUGUGAAGAAGAAAACAAGUGUAAAGAUGGACAAUUGGUAUCCUGUUUGGGACGAAGAGUUCGAAUUCCGUUUAACUGUUCCGGAGCUCGCGUUGCUUCGGAUAGAAGUAAAGGAUAAAGAUAAGACAACAGAUGAUUUUGCUGGACAGACAUGUUUGCCUGUAACAGAACUAAAACACGGAUUUCGAUCUGUUCGUUUGUGUGACUUAAAGGGAAAUAAAUUUAACUCUGUCAAGCUUUUGCUUCGCUUCCAAAUUGAAACUUAA